CAAUUACCUAAUAAGUAUGUUCUUGUGAGCUUGGAUGUCGUCUCUUUAUUUAGUAAUAUUCCAUAUAAUUUGGUAGAAAAAAGUAUAAAAAAACAUUGGAACAGAAUUAGAAACCACACUGAUUUGUCACAAAUUAGUUUCCUAAAGAUACUUCAGUUUGUAUUUGAUACAACGUAUUUUAGAUUUAACAAUGAAUUUUACAAACAAAAAUUAGGUACACCGAUGGGUGCCAUCAUUUCUCCAAUAUUAGCUCAAUACGUUAUGGAUGACCUACUUGAGGUGUGCGUAGAUAAGCUGUCGUUUCAGUUACCAUUUCUGAAAAAAUAUGUGGAUGAUAUAAUUACUUCCAUACCUGAAAGUUGCGUGAGGGAAACUCUCACAGUGUUUAACAGCUAUGAUGCACACAUACAAUUUACAGUAGAGGAGGAAAUUGAUAAAAGCGUACCAUUUCUGGACACUAAAGUGAUCCGGAACAACGAUAACAAAAUUAUAUUAGAUUGGUACAUAAAACCGACCAGUUCGGGGAGAUAUAUGAAUUUCCACUCUUACCAUACAACGAAAACAAAAAUAAAUUUGGUCAUAGCAUUAAAGACACGAAUAGAGAGGAUUUCUCACCCAUCACUAAGACAAAAAAAUCUUAAUAAGCUUUACGACAUGCUGAUUAACAACUCAUACCCAAGUAGGUUAACUAAAAAAUUGUUAUAUAGCACGACCCCACUAAGAGCUCCAAACCCGCGGAACACGGUCGUCCACUCAGAUAGCCCAGAAAUGGACGAUCUGAGAUGUUUUUAUUUUUCAUUGCCAUACAUUAAAGAAUUAACGACCACACUCACAAAAAUUCUGAGAGCACAAACAAAUAUUAAGAUAGCAUAUAAACAAACAAAAACAUUGGGGAGUGUCUUUAGCAAACUAAAAGAUAAGGAUGAGGUACAAAAGAAUUCAGAAGUAAUUUAUAGCAUCCCCUGUAAUCAGUGUGAUCAGGUAUACAUAGGACAGACAUCGCGAGUACUUAAGGAUAGAAUUACGUCACACAAGAGUGAUUGCAGACUCAAUAAGAACACCUGUUCAUUAGCAACACACUCUAACCAAAUGGAUCACGAUGUUAACUUUGUUGAAACAAAAAUUCUCCAUAAAGAAAGCAACUACAACAAAAGAGCAAUUUUGGAAAUGGUGGAGAUCUUCUUGGAACCGAAAUCGGUCAAUAAAAGAUCUGACAUUGAUGGCCUCAGUGUGAUCUACUCUAAUGUCUUAACUUUACAACCAACCGUCAAUCGAAUUGCGUUUGCUGAUAAUAGUGUCGUCACAAUGUAAUUAUAAUUUAGAAAAAUAGUCCCAAGCCUCUAUACAUUAGGUGCCUUGUAAACAAAAAGGAGGUAACAAAAGGAAAAAAAGAAGGGAAAAAAAACUGGACGGCUGGCGGUAGUCAUAUUAAUAAAACCUUUCCAUCAUUUGCGUUUUGCGUUUGAAGUAAAAUUCGUUUAAAUAAAAUGUAACAACAAUUUCGUCUAGAUGGCUGCCCUCGGUUAUAAUAAUUAACGGUCGUAUUUGAUUCUUUCUGUUAUCCGGAUGAGUUUGGUGUUGGCCUAUAAUGGCACUGUAGCACCCCUGAAGAAGAAAAUAAACAUUUUCGAAAGCUUGGUGUAGCACAAAAGCCUUUUAUUUGAGCCCUCAUCAGGACCGAUACCCCA